UCCGAAACCACAUCCGCUGCUACCUUGCUACCGUGCGAUCAGCAGUCGGACCGCUAACGCACUGUGCUCCGUUCAAGCUGCGAAAUGUGGAAUGGUAGAGGCAAGACGUGUGCAGUAGUUGGCUGCAAGAACAGCGACUGGGACAUAAAAAUAUGGAAUGAAUCUGUGUGCGAAGUUCACGGACCGCUACUGCACAAGGACUGUCCGUGUUGCCGACCAUUCGCGAUGCACGGCUUCCCACAAGGAUUAAAAAAUGCCGUCGUCCGCCAGCGUUGGAUCGCAAAUCUUCAACGAAAAAACUUCGACCCCGGAACGUGGGCAAGAGUGUGUUCGGUCCAUUUUGUUGAUGGAUGUCCCACAAAAAAUAACCCAUACCCAACACUGCACCUUGGAACACCGGUAAUGUGCAAUUCUUCAUUCAUGCUCUCUCGCCAUAACUCCUGCUGUAUUGAAUAUAUAUGUUUUCUUUUUCUGUAUUUAAAAUUUAGACUAUCCAUCACAAAGGAAGAAGGCAGUUAAAGCGCCCUGCAACCUGCAUGCAAGAAGCUGAGACAACGGUCACCAUAUGCCCAGCGACAGCUGACACCAGCACUGAACAGCAGACAGCAAUGGACGAGCAAGAUGAAGGCGACAGUGAACCCUGCUACAGUUACAGUUACAUACCAAAUAGGCUGACAGAGGCAGAGGAAACACCAAGGAGCUGCUCGGCCUGCGGCUGCAAAUGCCAGUUUCUGGUGACAUCGGACAAGGAAGUUCAAGCCACAGCACAAUUAUCUGAACACACAUACAGCAAACAUCCAGAACAGUCUUCUGUGACAGCGAACAGGGCUUGUCAAACAGCAUUUACUGUCUACUCGACUCUCACUUCAAGCUCCUUCAGGUUUUUUACAGGGCUUUCAAAGGAUGUGUUUGAUGAAUUGGUGAGGUCUCUUGAAGCAACUGCUGAGCAGAACUCAUUUGUUUUACCCUUCCAAGAUCAGGUGCUGCUGACACUUAUGAGGCUGCGCUUAGGGCUGCUACUUAAUGACCUCAGUUUCCGCUUCGGUAUUUCCACAGCUCUAGUGAGCAGGAUUUUCUGCACUAUAGUGUCAGCUCUUGCUCACUUUUCUAGAAAAUAUCUGGUGUUCUGGCUGGCAAGAGAAACAAUUAGAAGAACAAUGCCUAGCAUUUUUGAGGACUAUCCGCUAGCAACAUGCAUCAUCGAUUGCUUUGAGAUUUUUGCUGAGAAACCGGGCAACUUGCUACGGAGAAAUCAGACCUACAGUCAUUAUAAAUCCCACAACACUGCCAAAGUACUGCACGUCAUUGCACCCAAUGGGUUUGUGAUGUUCAUUUCCAAGCCAUAUGGUGGACGUGCAAGCGAUCGGUUCAUCACAUUGGACAGUGGCUUUACAAGGUUUCUGACACCAGGUGAUGAGAUCCUGGCUGACAGGGGUUUCACAAUAGGCGACUGUUUACCAAUGGGAGUAAAUCUAAGGUUACCAAGCUUUUCAAAAGGCAGACAACAAAUAAGUGGCCCUGAGCUAGUAAAGUCAAGGCGCCUAGCAAGGCUCCGCAUUCAUGUUGAGCGGUCUAUAAGACGACUUAAAUGCUUCAGGAUACUGAAGCAUUUUCCCGCAAGCAUCUUUGCAAAAAAACCACUUGCUAAUGAUGUACUGACUGCUGUAGCCGGGCUGUGCAAUCUUCAGCCACCUUUAAUUAAGGACAGAGUGAUUUCUGCACCUUCAAACUAAAUAAAAUAAAUCCUCAUUUUCAGACAGGACAUCAAAGAAUAAUAAGCAGGCAGGCCCUGCCAUCAUAAAAAUGAGUAGAACAGCACAAGUCACAGGCAUGUUGGAAUACAAUUACUGCUAAGUCCUGAAACACCUUUCUCAGUUCGUGCACAAUAGUUCUUUUACGACAAAACUCUGUUAACACUUUCAGAUGCAAUGUACGCAAAGAUAGUGCAUCAACAGCAAAAUCACUGACAAAAGUAAUAUUUAAAAUGGGUUGCAUAUAUCUCGAGACACUUGCGAUUGGAAUUGUGCUGCAAUUUAACAUGUGCAAAAUGUUUUAGUAAAAUGAGUGGGAAGGUAGAUGGUUAGGUGUUUUUGCUUGGUGUCAGUAUGUAGUUGUAUGUAGUGGGUUGACUUCUUUCAAUGUGUUUCACAAUGUCAUGCACCAGGCAUAAUUUUCAAGCGGCUGAACGAGUGCUUUUCAAUACACGAAAUAGUUGAUGUACGCACAUAUGGUGUUCCUGUAGCGACUUUUCGCAUGGAGUCCACAUUCUGUAAUCUUGACAAAACUCACUACAGAACUGAACAUUCUUAAUCUUUUCUGCAGCUGUACACUUUCUAUGAUUCUGAGGAGGCAAGAAAUGUGGCGAAAGAAAGUUUUCAAUCAAUAGGUUAAAGUGGCAUCUGAAAGGGUUAAGAUUAAUUAUCUGAUCAGCUGAAAGUUCCAUGCAGCUAUAUUUGUUUCUAAUCAAUUACCUUGUGAUAAUAGGAAUCUGU